GCUCCCGGGACGGUUCCGACCCGUUGGCGAGGAUCAGGACUCUGACUUGGGUCACCGGAGCUAAAGAAAAGCCUGUUAGCCUGUAUGCUAACCGCUAGUGGCAGCGCGACAGCUGCUUUACGGCAAACAGCUGAUCAGACCGGAAGUGACCGAGACAGAAAGUGCGCAUCAGAAAAUCCGCGAGGCUCCGAGUGAUAGGUACCUGAUCAAUAACUGAUCCAGUGCACAUAUUCAAUCAGAGAUGAGCUGCGCAGGCGCAGAACUAAGGAUUCUGUUCAGUCCGGGGCGCGUGCAGCUUGUUCAGGAGGAGUUGCUGGUGGGGGCGCCACGCGUCCUGGUUACCGGGGCGACAGGCCUCCUGGGGCGAGCGGUGUGCCGAGAGUUUCACAGCGCCGGAUGGACCGUCACUGGGACGGGAUACAGGAGAGCCAGGCUCCGCCUUCUGCGCUGUGACCUCACAGACGAGGACGCCGUCAGAGGACUGCUGCACGAAUACAAGCCUGAUGUGAUCGUCCACUGUGCGGCCGAGAGGCGUCCAGAUGUUAUGGAGAGACACACGGAAGCAGCUGUUAAUCUGAACGUGCACGCCACGAGCACACUCGCCAAGGAGGCAGCCACCUGCGGGGCGCUCUUCCUCUACAUCAGCACCGACUACGUGUUUGACGGCAGGAAUCCUCCGUACGGUGAGGACGACAGUCCAAACCCGCUCAACGUUUAUGGGCGGAGCAAACUGGAGGGGGAGAGGGAGGCGCUGCGCCACUGUCCAGGUGCGGUGGUACUGCGGGUGCCCGUUCUGUUUGGGGAGGUGGAGUCGGUGACAGAGAGCGUGGUGACCUCGUUGUACCUGAAGGUUCAGGAGGCGUCAGAGGAGAGCUGCACGCUGGAUCACGUCUUGCAGAGAUUCCCCACCGACGCCCGAGACGUCGCUGCCGUCUGCAGGAAGCUGUCUGAGAGAGCGCGCCAGGACCCGUCCAUCAAAGGAGUCUUUCACUUCUCUGGGAAAGAGCAGAUGACUAAAUAUGAAAUGGCGGUCGCCAUCGCUCAGGCCUUCAACCUGCCGUCCGGCCACCUCAUACCUGUAAGUGGUCGCACACCUGAGCCACCUCAUACCUGUAAGUGGUCGCACACCUGAGCCACCUCAUACC